UAGGCAUUUCUUCAUCUUCUGUAGUCACUCCAGCUGCUCUGCUGCUCAUAACCGAUGCCUCCUUUCCGGAUAAUGUUCAGUUCUGCCAGGGAAUUUUCUUAACCAGGGCUCCUGUGUGGGCAAAAGAGGAAAGCAGAUCAGAGGUCCCCAGAGCACUGAGUAUGCACGCUGCCUCCUCCUCCCGAGUACCGGUCCUUAACCCUCUCAAUUCCACGAGGGCACCCAACUCUAGCAGCUCAGAUGAGGACAACUUGUUCCACAAGUUCAUCCAUAUGGACCAAGAACUUUACCAAGACUAUUACAGCUUGUGGAUAGCACUGAUGGCGGUCAAUGGUAUCAUUUUCCUGGUGGGCGUUGUGCUGAACAGCUUAGCUCUCUACGUGUUCUGCUUCCGCACCAAGAUGAAAACCACCUCUGUCAUCUACACCAUCAAUCUGAUUGUUACUGAUCUACUGGUGGGCUUCUCCUUGCCCACACGAAUCAUCAUGUACUACACCGCAGGAGACUGCCUGAAAUGUUCCUUUGUUCACAUCUUCGGCUACUUCGUCAACAUGUACUGCAGCAUUCUCUUCUUGACAUGCAUCUGCAUUGACCGGUACCUGGCUAUUGUGCAGGUGGAAGCCUCACGUAAGUGGAGGAACCCCAACUGUGCCAAGGGGAUCUGUGUCUUCAUCUGGGUCUUUGCAACUGUGGUCACUUUCUCCAUCCUGACCAUGGCGAUAACCUUCGCACCAUGCUGCCUCGCCAAGAUCUUUGCCCUGAUGGUCUGCGAGUAUUUCUUUCCACUCAUCAUCAUCACCUUCUUCACCACUAGGAUCAUGUGUGCGCUGUCCAAGCCCAGCCUCAUGCACCAGAGCCGUGAGAGGCGAAUGAGGGCCGUUCAGCUCCUCACCACCGUCCUCAUCAUCUUCAUGAUCUGCUUUACACCUUUCCACGUGCGCCAGGUGGCCAUUUCCAUCAACCCAGACAUUCCCCAUGAAAUCAGCUUAAUUGUCUACCAUGUGACUGUGACUCUGAGUAGCCUCAACAGCUGCAUGGACCCCAUCGUCUACUGUUUUGUCACCAACAACUUCCAGUCAACCAUGAAAAAUAUCUUCAGGAAGUCAGAGCCUGAGCAGACAAGCGGGGACAUCAUCACUAUGAACAAGAGCUCCAAGGGCUCAGGUACAAAUGCAAUCAUUGCCUUCUCAAACACAAUAGGCAGCCCUUUGAGCUUACCUUCAACAAACAAUACACAGAUAUAAGCAGCUCCUAGAGGGACACACUAUAGUAAGCCAGUGUGGAAUACUGCUGAACUGUCAAGUACUUUUGCUCUUGGCCUUUUGGUUUCUAAUAUGAGUUUUGGAGCGACUGUGUUAGAAUUUAUCCCUCAAGAACAUUAUGGUUUUUUUGGAAAAAGGAACUCUCGGUGCCUUUAGUACCAAUACAAAAGAAAGUCCAUUAAUUACAGUUCACAACAGGAAUGAUCUGUUUGCCUUUUAAUAUAUGUUUUACAAGCAGCAAAUCUGUUACUGUUGUGGUCUUCUUUCACUGUUUCACACUGCAACGUGACAGUAAGCUACCGAACUGCAGGAGGACUUAGAAGGCCAUAAACACUCUUCUUGUCUGUGAAAGCCUCCCAGCCUUGGGAAGGAAUAUUGUUGUUGAGUAACGCAGCUGCUGCUGAGCUUUCCACGUUACUAGAGACAGCAAAGAUGUAAGACACCAAGCAGAGUUGUCCGUUUCAGGUGACUGAACUGAAGCAGGACAAAAUAAAUCUAACCCACUUGUCACUAGCAGCUCUUCAGAUGUUUCUCGAACACAUCUGAAUUUCCUCAGGGAAGUCACUCUAAUGCAAAACAAUAUUUCCCUCCCCCACUCCCCUCAAUACACACACCCUUAAUAUUUCAGCCAUAAGGAGAGGAUUUGUAUGACUUUAUAGAAUAUAUAUACAUGCAAGGAUUUGAAAUUACUUGGUUCAUAUUAUUCAGUUGGAUCACCAGUUUCCUUAUGUUUCAGACAGGCAUGGAAAGAAGCUGUCCAAACAUAUGUGGUUUCUUGGAAACUCUGUUUCCCACAUUUGCUCCCUCUUCCAGCAGCUCAGUAGUGAUGAAAAGCAGAACUGAAAUCCGAAGAUGUGUCAGCCUUGUUUGAGUUUAUUUUAUGAUGCGGCAUUAAAUUAGGGUUUGCUAUACCAGAUCCUACCAUUGGUCCAACUAGUCUGUAUCUGCCUUUCCUCUAAGGCUUCAGAGAAAAGCAACAACAACAACCACCACCACCACAACUAACCCCACAGCCCCAUAAAGAAUCUAGGUUGAAAUCCAUCCCAGGGCAGAGCCCUAGCAUGAUUUAAGACCUAUGUUUAGGAUUUAAAUUAUGCUGAGUGCCCUCUGCACAGGGAUGAACUUCAUCUCUUUCAAAUUCCAUGUUGUUCCUGGGAAGGGACGAAUUCACUCCUGAUCCCCUGCAGCAAUCAGUUUACACCCCAAAGCAGACAGGUAGGUUUAUACCCUUCGUGGAGCAUGAAUUGCCUUUUUCAUCGUGCAGGGUCAUAAAACGAGUCAACCCUUUGUAAAAAUCCCUUCACAGUGUUUGACUCACAACAUCGGGGCAAAUGAAAGUCCUGGAUUCAGUGUUAUGGUGCUGGCUGGCGGCUGUACCAUUUGCAUUCUAUACUGCACCAUUAAAAAAGCAUAAGCAUGAAAAAGGAACCCAGAGAAACAGCGAGACCCACAGCAUGAAUGAAAACGACCAUUGCUGUGAUUAUGCUCCUAAUGGAAAUGCCGUUUGAAACAUUUUCAAUGGGUUCCACCUGGCUAACUAGGUUUGAGGAACAGAGCGAUGGAUCUAUUGGUCUGUUGGUUACUGGGGCUACUGGCCCUCCAAUUUAAACCAGUAGAAACCAAUUGAGACUAGUUAGAGGAUUCGAAUGGAACCCACUGGAAUUUCCACUAGCAGACUCUGCACAAGAGCCAGCAAAGGAGAGCUGCAUGCCAGAAUUUACAAAUUAGGGUCAAAUUCUGCUCUUGCUACAGGGAGCCAAGCUAAGGAAUGGGGCAGCGGAGUUUGUGCAGCUUUAUGUGUCCCAUUUCUUGCUUGUGGGGAGAAGUCAGGGAUUUCCCCCUCGAGGUGCUUCCCCACCUCAAUCAAGUGGCAGUAGGCCGGGGGGGUGUGGGCAGAGGUAGGAGCCUAUUCUUGGCAGGCCUAGGAGCAAGGGGAGGUUGGCACGAUUUAGCGAAGACCAAGGUACGGGAAG